UUUCUUUCAAUCCUAACAAAACCCAAUUUCCAAGUACAUUGAUUUCCCGCGCUUUGAAACCCUAAUUCCCAAUCUCGAUCAGAGGCUCAAUUUUUCGAUUCCGGUUGCCGUACUGAUGGACUUAGACGUCAACGUUUCGCGGUGGGUCCUCGAGUUCCUCUUCCGUGACCGCGAGAAGGAGAGCGUCGCUAAGCGAGUCCUCGGCGUCUUGCCGCUCUCGAACCACGACUGGCGGUUGAAGAAGACCCUCCUCCUCCGAACAAUCGAGUCCCAAAUCUUGGACGAGGCUUCUGUCACCGAAACCCUCCUCGAAUCCUUGGAGUCCAUCGAGGCUCUGGACCGCGGCCAAGGGCUCCCGAUCACGGACUCAAUGAGAGCGGCCUACUGCGCCGUGGCGACGGAUUGCACGGUCAAGUUUUUGGCUGGCUUCAGAGGGAAGCCGAGUGGAAAGUACAUGGAGGCAGUCGAUCGGAUUUGGAGGGGUAGGGUUAGGAUUUUGGAGGAGUCUGAGGGUUGCGAGCUGGUAUCGGCUGAGUUGAAGGAGACAAGGGAUGAGGUGGAGGCUGGGAUUUGGGAUAUCAAGGUUUCUAAGAAGCUAGCGAGCCUCAACACUAGAAAUGAUGCGCUGGCAUUGGUUGCGGCGUAUGUGGAGGAAGCUUUGGGGAUCCUGGGUCCUCCGUUUAUUGCUUGGGCUGUUAGAUUUAAUAUGCACAAGGGUAGUUUAAGCUCGGAAGCUGAUCAGGUUGCAGUGGACAGUGAUGGUAAUGCGGGUGCGAAUGGGGCUGAUUUGGACGUGCAAAUGGGGAAUGUGGUUGAUUUGGGUGAUGGCUCCAAAUUGGAGGUGAAUGGGGCUAAUGUGCGUGAAUUGGAAGCGCAGAGAGGAGCUAAUGUCAAUUCUGCGUCUGAACAGGAGGCACAAAGGGCGAAUGGGCCUAAUGUCAAUUCGGAGUCUGAAUUAUUAGAGGCACAAAGGGUGAAUGGGGCAAAUGAUGGUAGUGCUAGGUCUGAACAGGAGCCGCAAAGGGCUAAGGGGGCUAAUGUUAGUGAUGCCUGUGAACGGAAUGUGGGUGAUGAGUCUGCAUCACAAAUUGUGACUGUAGCUUAUUUCAAUUCUAGGUCUGAAAUGGAUCACCAUACUAUGAAUGGUGUUCAAUUGCAGAUAGUGGGGGCAGAAAGGUCGCCACCUAAUGGAAACCAUCGUGUCCUCAGCUCUGAACCUGCAACUAAAGAGAAAGAAACUCCAAGGAGCACGGCACUUAGACGCAGGCAUGGACCAGUUAAGAUUAGAGAUGCUGAAGAUGUGGGUAUGGAAGCAUCAGCUCGCAUAUAUAACUCAGUGUCUAGUGCUGAAGUUAGAAAAGUGCAAGAAGAACUCAAGUCCAGUGUUUUGGCUCUACAAGCUGUAGUGACAGACCCACUUCCUUAUGCUUUGCGCAAGUCGGAAAUUGUAAGAUCUGAGUUGGGAAUGAGACCUGUGGAUCAUGUAAGCGGAGAAAAUGGAGGUGCAGCAAAUCCAUCUGUUGCAAAGUGCACUGAGCCUGAUCAGUUUAAUAAUGAUAAUCAUGGAAACCACACCAGUCAUCAGAAUGAUGUUCCCCAACCUAGUGGAAAAGAAAAUGAUGCACCAAAUCUGUCUGUUGACAAGGGAAAGGGCACGGAUUAUGUUCAGACGGGUGAUGUCAAUCCUGGAAAUCCAUCUUGCAGUUUUCAGAAUAAUGUUUCCCGAGCUGGCUUGAUGGAACGUAAUAGUACUGCCCAUACUUAUGAGUGGGAUGACUUGCUAGGUAUGUCAUCUGAACAAACAAAUAGUAAGGGGAGGCUUCACCUACCUAGUCCAAAAAGGAAUGCUGUUUCUCCGCUGAAGAAGUAUGAGGAUAAAAGAUCUUUUAAGAGGAGAAAAGUUAAGAGAUGGAGCUUACAUGAAGAAGAUACGUUAAGGACUGGUGUGCAGAAGUAUGGCAGAGGCAAUUGGAAGUUUAUCUUAGAUACAUACCGAGAUGUAUUUGAAGAGAGAACUAAGGUUGAUCUAAAGGACAAGUGGAGAAAUAUGACGAAGUAGAGGCACCUGUGAAUAGUCUGCUACUCUGUUGAUUUUGUUUGUAUAUAUUGGUAUCCUGUCCGAGCUGUUUGUUAUUGUUAGGAGCAGCCCACUUAAUCACCCUUAAUCCCUUUUGUAUUGGCCAAACAGGCCCAGAUGUUACUUUAUUGGAAGGAUACAAUGGUGGUCCUGUACCAUUGUUGUCUUCUACUUUUUUGAGUUUUGUCUAGAUGGGAUGCCAUCUAAAUCAUGUAACCAAAAUGUCCAGAGUUGGCAAUGAAGAUGAUGUUUAAACUUUGUAGUUC